CGCCGGCCUGAGUCGCGCUACAUAACACUUCCGUUUCAUUCACAGAUGAGGUUAUCGGUUUUGCGCAGGACUUUGCGUAACGAAGUAUUGAGCAAACUAAAAAAACAAAAAAAAAAGGAACAAAUUAGUAAAAGCACAUUAGCUCAAAAUAAAUAAAAGAAAUUGCAAAAUUGUAUACCCUGGACGUAGUCCCAAUUGGAAGGUAUCAGUGAUUUCGGUGUUUCCUUCAAACACAACAUCCGUCGCACCAAAUGCGGCUUAAACUUUCCAAUGAAAUCGAUACUUCCAGGCUUCAGUGAUUUGUUAUCCAUAUUUAUCCUGUGCGACAGCAAAGCUGAGCUUUAAAAGCUUUUCGAUCCCCAAGUGGGGAAAAAGUUGUGGUGUUCCUGAAACUUGUGAUCGUAGUGAUUGGAGAUGGUGAUACCAGUGACAAAAAGUUACUAGCUAGAGAUAACAUUGUUGAGAAAUUAAAAAAAAACAAAAAGAGAAACGUAAAAAUAUUCCUGUCGACAAAAGUCAAGCCACUUGGAGGAUAUUUGAAUUUUGGCGCGACUUGGCGAAAUGAUCGAUUGAACAUUAUCAAAAUUUGCUCUAUCUAUCUACGAUUUAUCAAAGUGAUUGAACUGUGCUUCUCGUUUUCGCCCGCCCUGUAACAUAUUAAACGUAGCACGUUAAUUAAUAAAUGAAUAAACAUUAAUAAAAUAGCCCUUUAACUCAUGUAUGCAUAGCUGUUUGACACCAAAAUAUAGAUAACAAUAAUAAUAUAAUCUAUCGAUAAAAUCGUACACGUCGAUCAUAAUACAAAAGUGAAACGAACGGUACAAUCCCCCAAGGAAUUUUAUUCCAGUGAGAAAAGCGGAUAAAGAUAGAAUUCGGAUAAGACAUGAUGGAAUGAGGAAAAUCUUUUGAGUUUUUUUCCCCAUAGGCGCAGGCGAGAGUGAGUGAUAAAAAAAUAAAAAGAGAAGACUGUCCAAGGGAUCUUUGGAAUUUGGAAUUACAAAUUGUACUUUCGAGUGAAAAGGCAGUGCCACAAGGACAUUCUUCAAAGCACGAUACGCAAAAGUUUACGUAAAAGAAUUGAGACUCGUAAAGCUCGCAAGCCGUUAGCAUUCGCGGAAGCUUUUAAAGUUCAAUUUUACGAGAGCCUACAAACAUUAAGUAAUAAAUAUCAACGUGUUGCGGGUUUGUUACUAAUUUAUUCCAGGGCUGGGAGAUACGUGUUUACUGUUCCGAGUAAAGUACAUUUACGUAGGAGUAGAACUAGAAAAUAUCUUGAUGUGAUAAAAUAUUUGAGAAGCCGUUAAAUAUCCAAUGAAGUAUACAUCGAAUCUUCGGGCACUUAAAUCUUUAUUCCUUGGUCAAACACGGGUGGGGAUGCUUGUUUGCUUAAGGGUCAUAGAAAGGAAGAAGGUGACGUCACUUUAAUGAUGAUCCAAUAGAAACGUUAAUUUCAAAGAUCAAUUUAAGAUAGAUUGGCCCAAGACGUCUUUUAUGAAAUAAAUUACUAAUAUGAACCAAAACAUAUUGUGGUUAAGUUUCGGAAAGUGAACCAAGUCUAAUUUAAUAUCGACAAAUUGACAUUGAAUAUAUUGAGAGGAAGUCAAAGGGCGAAAGGUACUUGGAUAAUUACGAGGGGUAUUUGAGAUGAGAUAUACAGGAUGAUAUCCUGAAUAGGAUACGAAGUCCAUUACUGGUUCUGCGGGUGAAGUUACGUGAUUAAAGAAAGGGUCGGGGCUGGUUAUGAUAGCCGAAGUAAAGAAAGCAAAGAGGGACGAAUUAGCAAAACAAGAAGUUACCAGUGACUGAGAUACGUGAAGGUGGUGAAUGGGUUAAGGGUGAAAGAGAAAUCGAAAAGAGGAAAAGCAAAAAAGAUAAUGAAUAUGGAAGGAAACCGUUGAAGUUAUCGAUGAAGUAAACGGGAAGACUCAGAAGAAGGAUAUAAAGAUAAGAAGUGAAAAAAGCAAAGCACAGUCGAGCGUCUUAAAAAUGUUUCCAGAAAUAUCAUUUGGCUGUAGCGGAGAAGCAGCGACUAUAGGGGUCUUGCCCCGGGUGCGACGCUCGGCGCCACCGUCGACGAUUCUGACGAAUCUGACGUUCUCAAGAAAUCGUAGCUACGAUCCUUACGAAGGAGAGGAAGAGCCUGUGGACGCCUGCAAUCCUCUCUACUUCCUCUUGGACUUCUUUCAUCAGUAUUACAUUCCCUUCAUCAUCCUCAUAGGCUUGGUGGGAAAUCUUCUCUCUUGCAUAGUCUUCCUGAACACCCAUCUCAAGAUGCGCAGCUCCAGCUACUACCUGGCUGCCCUGGCCACGGCAGAUUUUGGUUUCCUGGUAUCCCUCCUGUUGGUUUGGCUCAACAGCACCGUAGGCUGGAAGGUCUUCAACAAGGAUGGCUGGUGCGAGACUCUGGUCUACGUCAGCGCCGUAUGCAGCUCCUUGAGUGUCUGGCUGAUAGUAGCCUUCACUGUUGAGAGAUUCAUAGCCGUGCAGUAUCCGCUGCACAGGCCACACAUGUGCACCAUCACCAGGGCCAAGGCUAUCGUCCUGGUCUUGGUCGUAUUGGCAAUGGCAAGCCACUCUUACUCGUUCGUCACCGCCGGUGUCAUCAAGAACCAAGAUGGCUACGAGAUGUGCGACCUGAGGAUCGAAUAUCUGGAGACCAUGAGGAUCAUCAGCAUCAUCGACAGCAUCGCCAGCCUGGUUGCACCUCUGGUCCUCAUCAUUGUCAUGAACACGAUGAUCACCAGGAAUCUACUUAGAUUCAGCAGGAAGUUCAAACAGGGUCCUGGUGUGUCGACUCAUUGCGCAAGUCGAGAGAGAUCGGAUUUAAAUCUCAAUCAGAUUCCGAGUGCCAGUAGCAGUAAUAAUGGACCAGCAGGACUGACACUGGAUCCUGGUGUUGGCGGUCGACGGCAGCCAUCCCAACAAUCAUUCCACUCAUCAAAGAGUAAUCAUUCCCAUCAUUCACGUCACCAGCCGCCGCCUACGACGGCAGCGACGUCGACGCCGCGAACAACCUAUCAAAUCCCGGAGGUGGCGGCCCGAUGUAUACACGUGAGAUCCUCCUCCAGGAACCUGGUCUCUACUAGGAAUCAACAAAGCAUCACUAAAAUGCUCCUAUUAAUCAGCACGGUAUUCAUAUUACUGAAUUUACCCAGCUAUGUCAUUCGACUCUGCGUAUUCUUCUUUACUCUUGCGAAGAAGGACACACCUGCUCUGCUGUGGUGUCUACAACAAUUCUUCAUGCUUCUUUACUACACCAAUUUCAGCAUCAAUUUCCUGCUUUACGCAAUGUGCGGCAUCACUUUUCGACGCUGUCUCGAGCAACUACUACGCAAAGUAUUGAAGAGUCUGACGAGGUACCAUUGCAAUCCGCAACGGUAUAUAUAGCUAGCGUUUCGUUACACGCGCUCCUUGAGAAGUCGUACGGAAACUGUUAUAAUGGUGACCGUAAGAGAGCCAGUUAAUCCAUAAUAAAUUCGUUGCAUUGUUAAAUGAAACUUAUAAAGCUUAAUAUUAAGGACCGAAGACUCAGUAACGUAGGGAAUGACAUUUUUACCGGCAUGCAAUUGACUACAAGGUACAGCGCAUGCGCGUGGGACUGGCCUCUUGACCAAUCGGUGCGUCGUGACGUCGUCAGUCCCAAGAUUCAAAGGACACUCUGACAUAGUCAAACGAAGAAUUGUCCAGCUGAUUAAUUGUUGAUUAAUUGCAAUUAUGUACAAUUGAAAUUCGACUGUGAGAUAGAAGGAAUAUAUGUAUAUAAAAUAUUUAAAUAUGAAAUGUAUAAUACGGCGAAUUGUGAAAUCGUACGAAUUCUUCGCUACAGAGUUAUUCAUCGUAGAACGCAACUGGAAAUAUUUUAACCUCGAAAUUCACAGUUGUAAUUGCGAUUAUUAAUUCUGUACAUUUGUCACUAAUUCUUGACUUUACUAUUCUUCUAUGUUUUUACGUAUAAUCGAGAAACAUUGUUUAACGUAAAACUAUUAAACGUACUUGGAUCUUUCAGGUGAAAGUAGACCGAAAAUUCUAAAAAGAUAAGAACGACAUGCGAAUUGUAUAUGAAUCAAUAAUAUUUUGUCGACCGUCAAUUUUGCCAACUUGACGCAUCAAAUGCGAGCACUAUGUUGAGGUUAGAAAAGAUUCUUCCAUAAAAUGAUAAAAGUGUGUUAAGUACGGACAAAAUGGUUCGGCAGUAUACCCAAUAUUAGAUCGAUAUCACGAACAGCGCCAUACUGAGACGCUUGGUAAGACGUCGAAUCCGUCGCGACGUUUCGUAUAAGAAAAAAAAGGAUCGUCCAUUUCCAUAGGGUUGAUAUGCUAAUAUUCCAAUAGAUAAAAAGUUAUGGAGGGUUUCUGGAGGACAACCAUAGGUAUGACAAAGCAAAAUGGAAAAACUAGUUCGACAGGCUACACCUGGGAACAAUAAAAUGAUUUAUCGACGGGUGAGGAUUUUUCAUAACUUGCAUCUUCCUGACACGUCGGGACCUAAAUGAAUUUUGUACCUAUCACAAAAAAUAACGUCGGUGCACUUUGUUCGAGAAAACUUUUUGAUAAUUUUCUUUCUCUUUGACAUUUCUCAUAUAAUUCUUUUUGCUACCAUCUUGAAUCCCCUUAAUGGCGUACCUUCUGUCACGCGCGGUUCAAUUUUUAAAAUAAUAUUCUUUCGCCUCGCCAUGGCUUAUGUCCAUAUGAAGAUUAUAUACCUGUGUACGUAUAAGCUGCCGGGUGUUAAAAAAAUUUUGAAGAACUUGAAAGCCAUUACAUUUCUGCUUUAACGGUCUGGUUGAUCAUUGCGUUCGUAUCUGUAUACAAAUAUACCGUUGAGUAGCCUCAUUGCAUAAUUUCGUUUACUCAGACUAAAUUUCAUUUUACUUCCCUUCACGCGUGACCUUGAUCCUUGAACUUUUAUCGAGAACAUUAAAUAUUCCACAAGUUGACGGCUAUGAAACUUAUAAUGAUUUUAAUGAUUGAUAUUCUUCUUUUCCUUCAACUUUUUUUUUACUUACAAACAUUGAAGUUAAUUAUUCUAGUUGUUUCGUUAAACAAAGCUGGUCUCUAUGCGGAUUAAAGUAUCGAAUUUUCAAUUAUUUUAUCAAAGCUCGAGAAGCUAAAUGAAAGAUUAGACAAUCGCGGGAGGACAAUUAACAGAUACUGUAAAUGGGAUGAAGUUUUAAAAGGCAAAAAGUGAGUUCGAGAAAUGUGCGAAAAGUUUAAAAGUAAACAGUAAACCGUCGCCAUCGUCUCCCCUAUCGUGAGACCCUUAUCACGGAUUCAAAGGGAUAAAAUUAUCAUGGAUUUCGUAAGGAAGGAGUCGGAAAAGUGAAAGUUCAGCGAAAAAAUCAACGUCAGAGUCGCGAUUAAAAAUAAAAGUUUCCGGUUCGCUACAAUGAAAACGUAACAAACGGCAUGAAUAAUUCACAGUAAGGUAAAACCUAAUAAAACUUUUACAGAACGGGAAGGAAUCGAAGAAAACAAGAAAACCUUUUCCUGACGCGACUCAAGACAGUAAUCACUUAAUGCUAAUUAAUGAUGAAUAUUUGACUAAGGAAAAAGAGAAUUUCUCGAAAAUUGUAAAAAAAAAAGUAAUACAGAAAUCUGAAUUCACGAAUUCUCGAGUAAGUAAACUUAUAUAGCUUUUUUUGUUUUUCAUUAAAUUGAAAAUUCCAAUCACGUGCGCAAAGAAUUAUUUCGGAAAAAAAAAAGAAAAAAAAAAGAGAAUAUCAGAUGAAUCGCCCAUAUUGCCCAGCAACGAAAAAUCCCAUGUAAAUUUAUUCGCCGUCACACAUGCCUGUCCUUACACAUUUUCCAAGAAUCUAGUACCGUAUCGUGGGAACUAUGGCGACACGAAGGAAAGAAUGACCCAAAAAAAAAAAACCAUAUUGAAAUUUCUCAUCUUCAAGGAAGGAAAUAACUUUGCCCAUAGAAUCAUCUCUGGUCUUACAUUUCAAAAUUGGUUGCAGCGUGAAGCCAGCGCAGACAGACUAAAAAACAAUUGUUGUUCUUCCAGAAAUAAAAUUUGUAAAAAUUCCUACUUGAAAGAAGCCUCGCUCCAAAAGUACCGGAAAUAUACAAAGGAAUUGUUGCGUAAGAAAGAAAAAGAAUAAAAAAAAAAGAUACCAUUCUUGUAAAUCUGUAAAUAUCAAAAACGGAAAAAGAAAAAAAAAAA